UAACCAUUUCAAAUUCAUCAUCAAAUUGGAAGCAAUCGGAGAGUGGAGAAACGAUGGAUCUCGAGUUGGUUGGGCGACACGCGAUGUUCUUCGACGACGACGCCAUGGCGGCGUUCGUGAACUCGCCGGAAGCUCUGGUUGACUGGAACUCCCUCUCCAUCGAUCGCUACGAUGUUCGCCACCUUCUCUCCGGUCCCCUUCCUCCCCGCCUCAAGCGCCGCCCUCCUCCUCCCGAACCUGACCUCGAUUACGAACGCUAUCUCGACCUCCCUUCAUCAUCCCCUGACCAUUACCAACAACAACAACCACAAGGUAAACCUAAUCGUACCGUACACAGCACUUUUUUCCUCUUCACUUUUUCCAUUUCGUUUUGUUUUACUAUUAUUGGAGUUGCUUGAUGGAAUUGUAGUAGAAGAAAUGGGAAAUUUGAUUGAUGAUUUUUGUUCUGACUGUUUAUGUUUUGUGUUGCUCUCAGAAGAGAAAUUGAAAAAAAAAUUGUGAGGGUUGAGAGGUUAACUAGGGUAGAGGAAGUUUGUAAGAAAACUUCGGAAAAGUUUUGACUAGAAAAUUGGUUUUGGACUUGAUGGAGUUCACCUAGUGGCGAUGAUGAUAAGGCUUGGUUGUUGACUUUUACUUGAUGAUGUUGCUUCUUAAUGCGAUGUAGGUAGAAUGUUUCCUUACAUGACAUGAUGAGAGGUUUGCUAUGAAUGAAAUGAUGUUAGAUUGGUUCUCUUUUGUGUAUUGUUAUACAGAGGACUUCAUAUAUCUUUGUAAUUUAUUGUGUGUAUAGAGUGAAGGCUUUUAAUGAAUCACUAGUAAUCUAUGAAGCACCGAUUUCGACACAACACUUACACUUACACCUGCGACACGGCUAACCUCCAAAAAGUAGGACAUCGGGACCCUGCAUAGUAAGUUAAGAAAACGAGCUCUAUGACAAUGAGCUUCAUAAAAAGAUACUAAAAAACACCGCUUUGUCUAAACAACAGAGCUAAUUUAUCUAACAGCUUCGCCUCCUUGUUUAUUAUUGUCAUUGAAGUCUAGCCUCUAGUUCAUCAAGUGAUAAAUUAGUAAUUUCUUUAAUGAUUUUUAAAAAAAAAUAAAUGAUGUAAAUUCCCUAGAGGUGUCCAGCCAAGAAGAGAUAUCGGCUCAAGUGUCCGAGCUGCAAAUUAUUAUUUUGUAUUUGGACACGGUGAAGAAUUGUGUUACAAAUGUCAUGUUGGUGUUGGAGACCAGCAGAGGUAUCCGUGCUUCAUAGCUAGUAAUUUUAUAAUAUUUGUCCUUAAAAUAAUCUUUAAACAAUUGUGUUCAAUUCACUCAUCGUUUGGACACACUCUUAUAUUUGGUUGAGAUAUUACUUUAGUUGAGGCAAUUAGGCGAUGUGCAACGUUGGCUAUCAAGUCAAAAAAUUUUCUCUCUUUUGUCAGUGGAUGUUGGAACAACUUUUUUCCCAACUUCCACCUAAGAAUGUUGAGUUCUUUUGUUUGUACAACAACAAUCUCCACAUUUGCAGGAUGGACUGUAAUUUGCUACGGUUCCUGUGUCAGAAUGCAAGUAAGGAUAUUUUCUCCUGGCUUCCGGUUAUGUUUAAUUUCUUUGGUGUUAGUGUCUUUACCAUUCUAGGUGUAUGAUAUUGUUGCUCUUGAGAAUUAUAUGUGAUUCUGAUCAUGGCUGUCGCCUUUCUGUGUUUGUUUAGAUAAUGAUUCAGGUCCAGUGAAUUCAGCUGGCUAUCGAGCUGUUGCAUUUUCAUAUGAAAAUUCUAACGUGUCCAUGGAGACGAAGGACAGUGAUACUGACGCUGGUUUUCAUCCUAACUUCCCAGUACCAGAAAACUUACUCCAUAACCUGGUGAUAAUUGUCUAGGGUACAUGUGUUAUUCUAAGGCUUAUGAUGUCUAAGUUUCAGAUGCUCGGAGCAUAUAUGGAGUUCUUUUGACUCAAGGUAGCCAUUCACAGGCACCUUGUUUCCUUUUGAUAUCAUGAGAAGGGGUCAUGCAGGUGGGAUUAGGAUGAUAGAAAUUCGUUGAUUCUUUACCUCUUGAGAGCCAAUGGAUUGAAAAAUAUCUUCAUAAAGUUCUGUUUCUUGAUCUGUAUGAUUAUCCAAGUAUAUGUGAGGUUUUCUUGUGUUUUUUAGUAAGAUCUUUAUGUACCUAUAUAUUCUGCUUGUAAACCCCCUUUUCAAAAUUAUACUUUGUUCUAAUAUUGAAAUUCACAUUUGCUGAUGAAGAAACCAUUUUUAUUUGUUUUUCUUUUCCAGCCUCCAAGUGAUAAGGUACAUCAGAUUAUUUCAAGGACUGCAACGUUUGUAAGAAAACAUGGAAGCCAGUCAGAAAUUAUUCUGAGGGUGAAGCAAGGAGAUAAUCCAACAUUUGGCUUCCUGAUGCCUGAUCAUCAUCUUCAUCCAUAUUUUAGGUUUCUUGUUGAUCAUCAAGAACUUUUGAAAGCUAACAUAGACGACGGUGACUCAACUGUGGACAAGAAUAAAAGUAAGGGGCUUGAUCAAACGGGUGGUGCACUGUCUUUGCUUGGAUCUGUCUAUGGAUCUGGAGAGGAUGAAGAUGGUACAACUGAGAAUACUUGUGACUUUGAAAGAGACAAAUGUGAGGGAGCUGCUGUUGAUGCUGCUGGUACAAGUGCUUCCCCAGAAACAGAACAGGCUGAAUCAUCUUCAAAUACUGCCAAUAAGGAUGGAAGCAUAUCUAAAAGUCCAGUGCCCUCUUUGAAAGAAAGAGUCCCUGUUAUUAAGCGGAAUCACUCUAUCAGUACUGUUAAGACAGCGACUGCAGCUCGAGCAAAAACAGCUGAUGACUUGGAUUCAGCAUCUAAUGCUGCAAACAAGUCACAAACUUAUGUGCCUAGUACUGCUAAGAUUGAACUACCUGUUGUUGAACCUCCAUCUGACUUGAAAAGAGUUAUUGAGAGGAUAGUUGAGUUCGUCUUAAAAAAUGGCAAACAAGUUGAGGCUGUUCUUGCUGAACAAGAUCGUGCUCAUGGAAGGUUCCCAUUUCUUCUGCCAUCUAAUCGAUAUCAUACUUACUAUCUAAAAGCUCUUCAAAAUGCUGACGAGGGUAAGUUACCAGGCAAGGACCACCAGAAACACAAUUCAUCAGGUCGUGCAGGGGACAAUACUGCUGUACAUGAAGAAAGUGAUGAUCUCUCAUGUGGAUCUAUGGGUUCUGAUCUACCAAAUGAUAUAGACAGAAAAGAGAAAUUCAAGAUGAUUAUUGGCAAGUCAAAAAAGGAUGGUCAAGAUCCAACUCCCAAAGACUGCCAUUCUCAAAACACAGUUGGCAUGGAUGCAGCAUCAGCAGCUGCUAUUCUUCAGGCUGCGACUAGGGGUAUUAAAAACCCUAAUUUAGAUAUUUUUACCAAGACAUCAAGUAGUAGUGUUCAUGGCCUUGGAGGUGAUGGUGGGUAUUUGUCCACUUUUCAUCAAAAUCUGGAUGCUCCUAUCCCUGUUACCAAGGCUAUUGCAGAAACAGUAGCUAUUGCCGCAGCUAGGGAAGCAGACUCCUCUGAAGCACAUAUGACUAAAGAGCAGAAACUUAAGGCAGAGAGAUUGAAACGAGCAAAGAUGUUUGCAGCCAUGCUAAAAAGUGGAGUUGGAGCAUUGAAAAAUGACCUGCCACGAGCUUUAUCCGUUGAGCCACCUGGCUCUGGUCUUUCAGGUUCAGAUGCUGAGACUGGGAAUCCUGUGGUUAAAGAAAGGGAAGGAAGCUCCGUUCCAUUUGAUGUGGAUAAUUCAGAUAUAAGUAAGUCUGAGGAGAAGCAUUCUAUUGAUGAUUCAGAUAAAAGUCAGAAAUCUGAGGAGAAACAUGCUGUUGAUGAUAUUGAAAGGCGAUCAAAAAGAAAGUACCGUUCCAGAUCUAGUAGACAUGAAGAGGAGGAAGAAGAGGAGGAGGAGGAGGAAGAAGAAAAGAGAGAAGAUGUAAGGGAUCAUAAAAGAUCCAGAAAAAAGCAUCGAUCUCAUCGAUCUUCACACACCAGUCGGGACAGGGAUAGGGACGGACGCAAGCACAAGAGAAGACAUUCCUCCUCGAAAGACAAGUAUUCUUACAGGGGAGCUAAACAUGGCAUCUCUGAUGAUGAGCAUCAACACUCAAGUCAUCAUCAUAAAUACGAUAGCUCCUCCGAUGAAAAGCACCGAUCUUCAAGACGACGACAAAGAGAAGACAGCAUGUCAGACCAUGAGCAUAAACAUUCACGACGGCAUAAACAUGAGACCUCAUCUGAGGAUGAGCGUAGACACCGAAGCAGACAUACAAAGCAUAAGAGCAGAUCUCAUGUUGAAAGAGAAUCAGAGUUGGAGGAGGGGGAGGUAAUGAAAUCAGAUAAGUCUCAACAAGCAAGUGAGGUUGAACGUGCUAGCAGAGAGCCUUCUGCCAGUUUAUCGAAUGCAAACCAUGGGCCAGAAAUAAGUGAUGUCUCUGAUGAGCUUAGAGCCAAAAUUCGAGCCAUGUUGGCGGCUAACUUAUAAAAGCUUCACAGGGUUGAUGGCAACUCUAUUGUUUUUCCUCUGUAAUAUCAUGUACUCCAUUUUCCCAUCAGGCAGAAAUCGUUAUUGAUUUGCUUCUUGAUUCCUUUA